AUGACCCUCGGAAACCGCACCGUCAGCUAUCUUGAAAGGACCAAGGAAGACGGGCAGACUUGCUUCCUCGAAGAGAAUGCGAACUCUGCCCUUACCGCUGUUGCCAACAUCCAGCUUCCACCGGUGGCCGGGCUCCAUCGGAUCGGACCCAGAAGCUGGUCGGCUAAAAGACCCCAGAUAGCUAAAAACAUCAAGACCCACUUCCGGAAGCAGUGCAAUCCCACGGAGGUACAGACCGCGUUCAGAGAGGUCCUAAAUAGGAAAUUCAGUACUCAUGAGGUCCGCUACACUGACGGCUCCAAGCUGGCGGAGCGAGUUGGCCUCGGCAUUUAUAGUCGAACUACAGAAAUGUACCACAGCCUCCCUAUUCAGUGCUCCGUUUUUUCGGCCGAAGCAGCGGCCAUAUUUUUAGCCACCACGACACCCUGCGACAACCCGAUGCUGGUCGUCAGCGACUCGGACAGCGUUUUGUCUGCAAUUACAAAUCCGAGCAACCGGCACCCGUUUAUCCAGAAAAUUCAGGAAGCCUUAGAAAACCCAUCUACCAGAACCACAUUCAUGUGGGUCCCCGGUCAUUGCGGCAUCCUCGGCAACGAGCGGGCUGACAUACUUGCCGGCAUCGGCCGUAACAGCCCGACACUGACUAGAACAGUCCCCCGCGAUGAUAUUAAGUCCUGGCUUAAGGAGCGACUGUGGACCGCCUGGUCUGGAGCAUGGCGCCGUAACAGAGAACCAUUCCUCCGAAAAAUAAAAAACACCACGAGCACGUGGCAAGAUCAACCUUCUCGCCGAGAGCAGGUUGUCCUCUCGCGACUGCGUACGGGACAUACGCGUUUAUCACAUGACAUGGGUAGCACAGGGGGCGGGUUCCACCGCCAGUGCGAAACAUGCGGAACACGGAACACUGUCGAACAUUUUCUCAUCAACUGUCCCAUCCUGGAGCACUUAAGAACGAUCCACGAGAUUACCAGCAUCGACAGCACCCUCCAAAAUGAUACUGUGAAAGAACGCCAGCUGAUAAAUUUUUUGAAAGAAGCCGGCCUUUUUACGUUAAUAUGA